UCGUGGAUUCCACGUUGGCCCGGACGUGGCAGUAGCAGCGGACCUGUGACUCAGAGCGACCGGACCCGCACCAGCCAGUGACUGAACACCGGAGCUUCCACACGACCUGUCCGCCAUGGGGCUCACCAUCUCGCAAGUGUUCGGCCGACUGUUCGGCAAAAAACAGAUGAGGAUUCUGAUGGUUGGACUGGACGCAGCAGGGAAAACGACCAUCUUGUACAAACUGAAGCUGGGGGAAAUAGUGACCACCAUCCCAACCAUCGGUUUCAAUGUGGAGACCGUGGAAUAUAAAAAUAUUAGCUUCACCGUGUGGGACGUGGGUGGCCAGGACAAGAUCAGACCUCUCUGGAGACACUACUUCCAGAACACACAGGGCCUGAUCUUUGUAGUGGACAGCAAUGACAGAGAAAGAGUGGCAGAGUCUGCAGAAGAGCUCUCAAAGAUGUUGCUGGAGGACGAGUUGAAAGAUGCUGUUUUGCUGGUGUUUGCGAACAAACAGGACCUCCCGAAUGCCUUAUCAGUCACCGAACUCUCAGAGAAACUCGGCCUCCAUGAUCUCCGCAACAAAACCUGGCACAUUGAGUCAACCUGCGCCACCCUUGGCAACGGGCUGUACGAAGGACUUGACUGGCUAUCCCAAGAACUCUCCAAGAACUAACAAGCGAUUGGCUGGACAGAAGAGAGCGAGAGAGACUGAACACCACAGGACAGGAGAGAAGGCACGGACAUCAAUCAAGAAACAUUUGGUCUUCCAGCACCGAUGUUCAAAAAAGGAUGAGGCUGGUGGACGAUAUAAUCAUCUUUUGGGAAAUUUUACUAUUACAUAUUUCUUAUUUUCUUAUCAAUACUCUUACUAUAUUAUUUUUUUCAUAUUCUACUUUUCUCACUUUGUUCCCAAACUCUUACAUGGCAACAAGUUAGAAUCCAGUUGCACAAUGAGCAAAUGGUGUAAUAGGGAAACUUCAUGGAAACAAUGAAUAGUGUAAUGGGAGUCGUUUUUCCUCCUCGACACCUUGGGUCCUGGCGAGGCAGCAUUUGCAGUAAUAAACCACUUAAGUCAUUAUUGUACUUCAUAGUCAGGGGACAUGAUAAUAUUACCCCAGGGUUUUAGGGAAGGACAACUUGCAGGCUGCUGCAAGUGUUUCCCUUCGUGUGAAUUUGACUCCCCUGCAGACCUGACCCUGUGCUCUUCGCUGCUAUGCCCUCAAUCUCAUGCCAACUCAUUUCGCCAAAGGCAUAUAGCCCGUCAAAUGAGACGGGAGGAUUGCAGUGUUUUCACAGAUAGAUUUUCUCAGUGAUGUGGAACCACGUAGUUUCCAAAUAAAUGGAUCCAAAAAGGAACAUUGUGCCUUCUGGUCCCUCUACACAAAUCUGUGUAAUCCUUUCCUUAUCUUAUUCGUAGGUCCUGCUCCCUCCUAAGAUGCUUUCUUGACUUUGUCUUGCUUUUAAAAGACAAAAUAUCGCAACAAGGCAUUUCCAUUUGUGCCGCAGUGGAUGCCGUGGUGCUGCAGAACCACACCAGUUUGAGUGUGGGUUUGCUUCCUUGUGACUUGGCAUCACUAUUGACCAGGAUUUUAUCCUGUUUAAACAUUUGUAAAUUCGUCCUCACUCCUCUUCCUCGCCUUUUUAACAACCACAAUGAAGAAGGGUUUAAAUAAAAUGUCAGUUCUUCUAUCUUCUCUAACAGUUGAUCUUUUUUAACCUAAAAGGAGGAAGGAAGCAUCUUUUCAGUGUGGACACAAGGCCAGUGUCUGUGCGUAUCAGUAAAGUAGCAUUUUUUGGGGGGUUGUCUUGGGUUUGUCUUGGCAGUACUGCUCAGUUUGUUGUAUCAGUUGUUGGCAAUUACUGUAUUAUGUUCUUCACCUUUGAAAACAAAAAAACGUACCUGCCCAUUGAUCUAUCUGAAUCAUACAUUCCUACCUAUGCUUGCAGAUUCUGGAGCUGCCAGCCUUAAAAAUUAUUUGCUAAAAACCUUUUACAAAAAAAAGCUCUGAAUAAAGUCAGCGUUUAUGAAAAAGAAA